GGUUGAUAGGGAUGCCAAGUACUUUUGCAGUUUAUAUAUUUCACAUAAACCGUUGAUAGUACCUGUAAAUGUUCUGAGCACUACACGACUAUGAAAAAGUCAGCACCAUCAAAAAAAGGGACAAGUCGUUUUUCUCUGAAAUCCAUACCUAGAGAUCCAAAUGAAGGUCAAGGGAAUGUACAAGCCACCUCUGAAGUGAAGGCACCGGAAUCGGUGAUAUCAAGUGCUCCGGCACCACCACCUCCGCCAGGACCACCACCACCACCCCCGCUCGGAAUCGGUCCGUUACCAAAUAUGUCUGGAAAACGCAGCAAUGAACCAGCCUAUCUUGCUCAUCCGCCCUUGAAAGCUAGAUCUGAUGAAGCAAAACAGUUGAUGAGGGCAGAGCCAAGAAUAAAGAUUUCAGAAGUUGACCUUGUUGAAAGAAGAAAGAGGCUGAGGAGAGGAGAUCUCCUUAUUAAGAAAGUGAAUGUGGAGAGGAAUGAAAUGUUUGAUGCUUUUAGGCAGUACAACUACAUGCCUAUGGUGGACUCACGUGAAUUAUUAAGGAACAAGAUGAUGAAGGCAGAGGUGAUCUCCAUCAGUUUUGAUGGCAUAGAGCAGCUUACAGACGCCUUUCUCUACAGCCUCUACCACUGCCAGCUCAGCUUCACAACUGUCAACUGGAUCUCGCUUACUGGCUGUUACAACAUCACUGAUGAAGGAAUUUAUUGGGUGUCAAAAGCAUUUCCAAACCUUAAAUCCAUCUCCUUAUGUGGGUGCAGAAAGGUCACAGAGAAGUCCCUGUACCACCUACUGGGCACCCUACCUCACCUGACUGAGAUCAUCAUGUAUGGGACCAACUGUGGCACUGCCCCAGUGGGUGUCACAGUGAAAUCUGUCCAGACAGCCGUACCAGGGUUAAAGCGGGCAACACAUGUACAGCAAAAGCCAGAGUUGUUCAUGGCAGGAUGUCCGAUGCUGUGCCCUAUGUUGGAGGAUACAAAGCACGUACCAGAGACCCAGGAAGUGCCAAUCAAGCACAGAAAGAUGGUCAUCCUGACCCCUAAAGGUCUACCAUGGAGCCCUUUGGCAGUGUUAACAGGGGAUAAGGAUGUUACCCCUAAACAGGGGCUCCAGUACAAGUUGAACUGGCAGCCAAAGACAGAGAAUGGCGUGAAUUUUCAGAACUCCUCUGCAGAAAUAUUCAAUGUUUUCCAGAUACCACAAGAGCAGGGACUGCUGGAGUUGGUUGUCUCCCCUGGAUGUUUUGUAAUUCUGCCCUACCAUGCCAGUGCCGAGAGUGACCCAGAUGCCAUCAGCAGGGACAUGAUCGAAAUCGUGAUUGCAAUUAUUACCAAGUACGAGGAUUGCAGCUUCAUGGUCCUAGCAAUGACUGACAGUGACGUGAGGUUGCGACUCGCCAAGAUUUACGGAAUGGUCAAGGACAAAAUCAAGCAGGUGACUGGCCGACUGGAAGCAACCAUCGGACUUGCCCUCGACACAAACUGGAAAAUAGCUGCUCUGAAUUACCUGGAGCAGAAUGUUCUUGGAAACUGUUUAAAAAUGUUGGAAAGAGGAAGAGCACUCUUCAAGAACCCAGGACCAAAUGUGGCAAGCAAAGGGAAACAAUUCCAAAAAGAUUCUGAAACUGAAGGCAUCUGCUUGUUAAAUGGUGGAUCAUUGAAAGUGCAACCAGGUGUCACACCCAAGGGAGAUGAUCUGAAUUUCCUGGUGUCCAUGUUUACAGCAGAUGAGAUUGCUCACCCAUGGCACAGGAAACCCCUACCAGGGAGUGAGGUUGAAGAGUUGACAAGGGAAGUAAGCCAAGCUGCUGUUCCACUCAUCAGGCUUAGCGACCUGCAGACAAAGUCUACUCUCUCUGUGGCCCAGAAAUCAAGACUCAUGGACUAUGCGGCGUUAAGAGGUCUGGGAGUGAAAUUUUCCCCAGUUAUUGGCGUCAACACAGAAGAACUGGUGAUAACUGACUUUGACAGCCUGGCGGCCAUUAUUGACCACAUCCUGUUGACCCCUGCUCCAAGGUCAUGUGACCUGCGUUGCCUAGGAGAUGCCAUUCCUUGCUGGACAGAGGAUGACCUUCUGAAGGUGCUGCCAGGAGCGACCCAAUCUUCAAAGACUCUGGUUUUGUCCCUUUUAAGGGAUAAAGGGCUUCUUCUAAAGUUUUCCACCGACCCUUGGUGCACCGUGAGAGAUGUGUCGUUUGUGUACAUUCGUUUCAGCGAUGUGCCAAUGAAAGCUCCUGACAUUUUGAGCCAGUAUUGGCCUCCCAAGAAGGAUAUCAGCACUUCCAUGCAGCAGCGAGAGAAGUUCUAUUUCUGUGUUCCCGGCCUGCCACAGUCAUUCUUCCCCACACUGCUCAGGGAGUUGAUGCGCUAUGGUACCCCUUCCAUUGCCUGGCAGAAGGGGGCUAUUUUCCAGAAAGGUCAUAUAACUGUAUCUGUGCAGCUACUCUCUGAUGGGAAAGACCAAUUCCCAGUGCUGGUUCUACAGGUGAGGGGUAACCGUGGUAACCCUGCAUUCUCUGAUGAGCCUCUGUGGACAACACUGAAGCUCUAUGCCAACACCUGUGAUCUACUCUUCCUCAAGUUCAACAUAUCACUUAUGAAAUGCGUCCACUGCUCCACCUGUAGCCAGACCUCCUCCGUUGUGGAGAUGCUGUCAAAGGGAAGUGGGGCUGCCCAGUACUUCAUGGAGCACCUUGUGCGUGUAGGGGACAACAAGGAUAUAACAUGUGGGGUGUGCGGGACACAAGCACACAGGGAUUCACAGCUGGGGCCAGCAAUAGCAGCCACUGAGUUGGUUCCCAGCCAUGACCCACAAGGCUGUGCAAAGGCGACCAGCAAUGCUCUGAACAGAUGCCUCAUGUGCAACAACUGCGCGGUAGAGGGGACCCACUGUGAGGUCAACCUGACACGGGGUGCAAAGAACUGGCAUUGUGACUGCAACAGGUCAGCCAAGCUGUGUAUUUACUGUGGAAUGUGUCAAAGAUGUUUCCUUGCAAUCAAGAACACAGCGGCAGAACUGGAGCCAAAGUUCGAUCCUCCAAAGUCUGAGCGAUAUAGACAGGAUCAGCUGGCUGCCCUUGACAAGGUCAAGGUCACUGAGUCUGGAAGUAUCUAUGGUUUUAUAGAGGCUGAUUCAUCCAUUGCCCUGGAAACAAAGCAGCUGACGCCAAACUAUGCACCCAACAUGAUGAUUACCAUUGUGAAAGAUGGAUACUUUAUCCUUAAUUUGCAAACAUUGGCAAAGGAAGGCUUAUCCAGACUGGAGAUAGAGUAUUUCAGCAAAACAGGAGUGGUGUCAGAGAGAGGUAUUAUAGUGCAUACUAACCGGGAUGGAACCCCUUUAAAACGCGUUCUGGCAAAACUCGGGGACACGCUGUCCGUCCAGCUUCGCUAUUGUGAGGAAGAGCGCCCCGCUGUGGAGAAAAAAUCAGAGACGGGUGGUGCUGUGACAGUGAACAGGUACGGUCACAUGAUGCUGAGGCUGCUGUUGAACGGUGCCCCUAUCUACGAGAGGGGGAUGAGAGCCACCCAGAUCUCUGUCACCCUGUAUAAUAACGACUCGGAAGGCGUUUUUCUACAAGUUGAGACUCCUGGGAAGUUCCCAGUAAUGAAAAGAGAGUCCAAAGAGAAACACUGCGGCAUGUCAGCUGCUCAACUUCCAUGCUCGCUGCAGAUGAAGCUGAUUCAGAUGAUAGAGAACAUGGAGUACGUGCUGUUUGGAGGCAAGGGUUUAAGCCUCUCUGGAUCACCCUGCGCUGUGUUGCCGGCCCAUAUCACCAUGGAGACGCUGAAGCAUCCGAUAUGGUUCAUGGUCAAGGACACUCGCCUGCAUCAUAUGUGCCUGUCCUGGAAUGCAGUCCAAGGCAAGAAGUCAGUUCUAGGUUCCAGUAUCUCCAAGGAUGCCAACCUGAAUGCACCGAUGUCUGAUAGACUGACCAAAGAGGACUGGACAUUGUCCAAGAUUGUGCACUUGGUGAAUGCAGAGGGCAUUGACAUCUCCAAAUUGCCGUCAGGUCAUACACCAGACACCAUGAACUUCCUCAUCUUCCUCUGGCAUUUUGUCCUGUCCACCUACCCUGAGGUCCUGCUACCUAGAUCCACUGACAAAUUGCUUCGACCAGUUGUGUUGACUCCUGAGACUGAUCUACAGGUCAAAGAGGGUCUUCGAUCCCUCAUUCAAGCCUGCAUGUGGCACCAUUACACAUUGAUCAAUUUUGAGGAUACGAAGAAGACUUUUCAAACUUCGACUCAAGCUGGCAAGUUCCGAGGGGAAUUCCUCACAACUCGAAACAUUCUUGUGCAGAGUUCUAUGGAUUCCCAAGAUUUACUUCGAGACCAUUUUGAGUGUACGGGACUCAUUAAGGUGAACAGCAAGUUCAACCGAAGUCUUGAGCUCUACCUGUGCUCGAGUCAUUCAAAUGCACUGAAAAUGAAGGAAAGUGCCACUGAGUUUCCAACGCAAUUGACUGGGAUCAACUCUGUCUUCUUGUCAUUCAUAGACAUGUCGUUCAAUGAUUUAACAUCAAUUCCGGAGGAGUUUUUUGCCAACCUUCCCAAUCUUACGACAUUCAGCAUCGGCCACAACUUCAUUGAAAAUCUUCCUGGAUCAAUCAGCCGCUGCAAGAAGCUGUCAAGUCUAAGCAUUUUCGAGAAUAAUAUCUCGUCUUUCCCAGACGAACUUGCAGAACUUAAGAAUCUGCUCAUUCUCGAUGCUGGAAAUAACUGCCUGGUGGACUUCCCAGUGGUCAUCACCAAGAUUCCUUCACUGCAGAAACUUUUUCUUAACAACUGCUUUUUUACUGAACUUCCAGAGGAUAUUGGUAACUUGAAGAAUCUGCGUCAGCUACAUUUCCAAGGCAACUGUCUGACCAGGCUUCCGGAGAGCUUCAAACAACUCUCUGAACUUGAGGAUCUCAUCCUGUCUGGUGUCCAAUGGAUGCAACUGGGUGAAGGCAAGGAUCAUAUCACACUGUCCAAUUUCAAACAUACGAUCCGAAGGAAGUUUGGUCGAUGGUUAGUUGCUAAUGACCAGAACGAGACACGAUUGUUCAAGAUGUUUGAUGAGAAUCAGAAUAGCAUGUUGGAAGCCAAGGAGCUUGGCAGACUUGACGCUGCUGUCUUUAACCUCUUUCCAAGGUUUGGAUACAAAGGGAAUGAUCAUCCAGAUGAAGACACUCCUCAUGGUUUUCCCAUGGAACUUUUGGCAUGUAAAAAGCUCCGCUGUCUUUACUUUAAGUACCAGGCUUUCACAAAGAUUCCACCAGAGAUCUGUGAGCUGGAGAACCUUGUUGACCUGCAGGUUUCCCACAAUCCCAACCUCCUCUCCAUACCUGCUGAUCUGAGCAAGAUCCAGGGACUCAAAAAACUAGAAUUGGAUGAUCUCCCCUUGCUGAAGACGCCCCCAAGGGAGAUAAGAGAGAAGGGUGUGCAGUCGGUGAUGGCGUACCUACAGAGGCUAAUGAGUGGGGCGGAGCUUAGCAAGCGGACCAAGCUGAUGUUGGUGGGCCUCGGAGGGGCAGGAAAAACUAGCCUUGUGAAGGCUUUAAUGAGUUCGGACCAUAAGAUGGACACGGGGCAAGGCCAUGAUGUCACAGAUGGAAUUGAAAUUAAGACGUGGGACGUUGCCCACGGCGAUGAGGGUAUCACUUACAACAUCUGGGACUUUGCAGGACAGACAGUGUACUAUAACACUCACCAGUUUUUCCUGUCACCCAACCGCUCAAUCUACCUUCUGCUGUGGAACGUUCGACAGGGCCAUGAGCAUGCAGGUCUUGACUUCUGGCUGAGUUCAAUCACUGUACAGGCCCCUAAAGCUCCUGUGUUUGUGAUUGGCUCACACAUUGAUGAGGUGAGCAAGAGUGAGCUGCCCAUUGAAGAGUUUCAGCAGCGCUAUCCACAGGUGGUCGGCUUCCACUUUGUCAGCUCUCACACAGGACAGGGUAUUUCAGAGUUGAAGAAACACCUGUAUGAGGUAACACUACAACAGCCAUACAUGGGAGAAAAUAUACCUUCUGUUUGGUUGACAUUUGAGAAAAACAUACAGCCAUUAAAGAAGACUACAGAUAUUGUUCCAUAUAACCAAAUUGAGGCUAUAGCCAACAACUCUGGAAUUUUCUCUUCAUCAGAGAUUUUCCAGGCAGUGCAGUUUCUCCAUGACCUUGGCAGUGUGCAGUACUUCAGCAAUGAGUACCUAAAGUCUAAGGUGGUAAUUAACCCGCAGUGGAUUGUGGACGUCAUGUCAUGUGUUGUCUCAGUCAAGAACCAGGCUAUCCAGGAAGGACGUCUGAAGCACUCGGACAUCGGUGAGGUCUGGUCCGGGUACAACAAAGGCUUGCACGAUUGGCUGCUCCGUCUCACUGAGGAGUUUGAUCUCACAUUUGAACUCCCAGAUCAAGGGGUCAACCUGGUGCCCUGCCUGUUACCAGAAACCAGGCCUAAGUUUGACUGGCCCAAAGUUGAGAAGAAUUCUGACAUCAAGGAGACCAAGAUGGUGUACAAGUUUGAUUACCUCCCUGUGGGACUCUUCAACAGAGCUCAGGUUCGUCUUCAUUUGCUGUCGGACAGUGCUUUGAUUUGGAAGAAAGGCUCCUUCCUGAAGAAGAAUGUCCAUCUGGCUCUCAUACAGCAGACAAAGGAAACUGAGCUGGUGGUACUUGCCCAGGGUCCAAGGCCUGAAAACAUCCAGUUCCUGGUUCAUGAGGUGUUUGAGGGGCUGAUUGCAGAGUCCUUCAAUGGUAUCACAUAUGACUUCACCAUGCCCUGCCCCGACUGCCAGAGGAUGGGUGUCAAUGACCGCCACAUGUUUGCUGCGUCCACUAUCCGUCGUGCACUGGACAUGAAGGCCCCAUUCCUGCAGUGUGUACAGUACUUCCACACCAUCUCCUGUGUAACAUUGCAGACCCUGUUGCCACCUGACAGCCACAAUGACUUUGACGUCCAUCUGGUGCAGGUCGUUCAAGGACUGAGUGACCUUCACAAGGAACUAGUUGCAGAUAUCUUUGUGUCAUUCUGUGAAGCAGAUAGUAACCUAGACAACAGCCUGUACAUCCAGCCAUUACGAGUGCUGGAAGAUCUACGGGGAAAAGGCUUUAAAUGUUUUGUCCACACAAAAUCCGGCGGCUCAACUGAUGAAAUGGCGAGAGCACUGAUAGAGUCAAAGGUCUUCCUCGCCUUUGUAUCCAUGAACUACGCCCAGACCGAGGAAUGUGUGAACAUCUUCAAGUACGCCAAGAAGUCACUCAACAAAACAAUAGUCUGCGUUGCCAUUGGCGAUAAUUUCGACUUUGAGAAAACGGCUUUUGGGAUCCUCAUUCCAGAUGAGUUAUACAUCAACAUGAUCAAGUCAAAGUUGUCGCAUUACGAAUCAAAGUUUGAAGAGCUCAUGAAAACACUUGAGAAAAAGAUGGACAUCAGAUUGCGUGACAAAUCCAUUCCCCACCCAGAGGUGUUCUUCAGUUAUUCAUGGGUUAACUCGCAACAAGCAGUCACUCUUGGAACAAGGGAGCUGCCAGGGGCCCUAGGGGAGGAGGAUCCUCGUGAACUGAAAGGAUACCUGGAGGAUCAGGGUAUACCCUGCUGGAUUGAUGAGGAACGCGUUGGCAUGAAUGGUCUCAUAGAGGAUAUAGCUGAAGGGUUACUUCAAGCAAAGGUGGUGAUAGUGUGCGUGUCUGACGAGUACACAGAGUCUCCUACGUGUAACACUGAGUUCAGGUAUGCAGUUCACAAGUUGAAGCUUCCCCCUAUUUUUGCAGUGGUCGGUACAGGAGACAAAUGGAGGGAGACUGCGAUUGGCUAUGAAUCUGUCCACCAUCCUGUCGUGUAUUUCCAAGAGCACACAACAAACGCCAGGAAAAAACUGAUGAAACUGGUCAAGAAAAAGCUAGAUGAGCCCAGCACCAAAUUGAACCAAGUUGUUGUGCAGGCAACCAAGGAAGUGAACAAGAAUCUGUCCUACCAGGAACUGUUUGAGCUAGCUCAGAGGAAACUGCUGCGUCAGCUGAUGAUGUUUGCUGAGAACCAAGACCUUGAUGUGUACCCCCGCCUGUUUGUUGUUGACUUUUUAAAGGAACAGGAGGGCAAUGAAACUGAAACAGAGGAUGAAGCCCUGCAGGAGAUUGCCAUACAGAAAGAAAGAGAUAAAGAUGUUGAUGCUGAAAAGAAGCCAUUGAAGAAGGUGUUGUCCAAGAAAUCCACCAACAUGGUGCCAGUGUACAAGCUACAGAAGUUCUGUGUGUACACGCUGUGUGAACAUGAGGAGGGCUGGCAUAGUGUAGCAGUGCCCAUAGAAUUGCCAGGUAACUUCGGAGUGGACAUGCUGGAGAGUUAUGGUCCCUUCCUCGCCAGAGUUACCUCCGUCAUGAAGUUCAACAAGAAACUGGCCCUCAACUGCCUUGCUGACACCAUUGGGGAGGGAUACAUUGAGUGGCUCGAGAAGAGCCCAGAGGCCAGUCUGUCAGACUACCAGUCUGUGUACCAUGGUUUCCGCGAGCUCGUGAAACAACUUGACGAAGACAGCAAAAUGGGCAGCCUUCAACGUUGCCACCUGUCCAGUGGUAAAAUCAUCUGGCUAUGUGAGGACCAUCGCAAGUCCAUGAAGGUCACGUUGCUAAGCAAUGAUGACAAGACGGGGCACGUUUCCAAGGAGCAAGAUGACAAGGUUAACGAGUCCAUGAUCAGCACACUUCGCACCAUGGAUCUUGUGCCAUUUUCUACAAAAUUUGUGAGCAAGGGAAAUGGACAAAGACCAGAAAGAGAGAAGGGAAUGUACAUUCAAAAUGAAGAUGGGAACAAAUCCACCAAAAAACGACAAAAUCGAAAUAAGAAACAAACUGCAAAAAAAGAUAAUGAUGAUGAAAUUCAACCAAGAAAAAAUGUCGGUAAGGAACCCAAAGAGAAGAACGCCAAAGCAACACCAGCACAGAAAAUAGUGAAAUUCCAAGACAAUACGGAAGAAAUCGGUGAUAAAGAUGAUGACGCUGUUGUCAGUAAUGAUGACGAUGAUGAAAAUAUUGAUGAAAAAGAAUCCAACAAUGAAGAUGACAAUGAAUCUGUGAAGUCGGAUACAAAAAGCAAUCCCGAGUCAGAAUCUUCACGCGGAGACCCUCUGCGGCAGACAUCAAUGUUACGAGCUUCACAAGGCAGACGACAAAGCAGGCCUCCUCUACCAGGACAAUCGCCAUACAAAGUGCCAGGAUACAAGACCACUAGCAGGGCAUGUGAAAUUUCAUAAAAAAUACAUAAUGAUGAUCUCAAUUAAUGUUGUGUUACAAGAUAAGAAUACAAUCCUAGUUUAAAAGGGCAUAUUGUCGGCAUUUCUUGCUUAGUUAUUAAACAUAUUCAACAGUGCAUACAACAUUAUUUCAGGUGAUAUCUAUCUACUACCAAUUUUAUAUUGAUGCAAUCAUUAUGAAAACAAUAUAUACAAUGCCAACAAUGGUUUUGUCCCAUGCCAACAUUGAAAUAUGUAAACUCAUGUCUACAAAAUUGCCCACUUGAAUCAGAAUUUUACUGCAUCACAUUCCGGUUAUUCAUUAGCAAGUGUGAAUGUGCAAAGCAAUACUUUGUCUUCUUUUCAUUAAUUACGAUUUUACUACUACCUCUGGUUUUCAAUUUUGCGCUAAAAGUGUCCCAGGGAACAAUUUUUUAUUAUUGUAAGAAGAUUAUUGAGCUAUUUUCUUAAUGUAAUCCAUAUUCCCCUAUAAAAUACCUGGAUGCAGCACCACCAGCAUGAUAUAUUACAUUGCAUAAAAGCUGUUGACAAUAUCUGUACUAGCAAUGGUUAUUUAGAUAUAUAAUAUGCAGGUUCAAGGCUCGUACGCUAUUUGUUGUGAAAUAAUUACACAAAUAUAAAUUUGUAUCUACAACCCUUGAAUGUAUUGAUCUAUUUUCAUGUUCAGUGAAAUCCAUCUCUGUAUUAAAUUGAAACUUUUUUUUUGUGUGUGUUUUCAGUGUUCACUGUUCAGUUUUAUGUUUCUAUCGAUCCGGGGGCAUAUUGUUUAUGGCCUGUCUGUCUUUCUUUCUUUCUUUCUGUCUGUCAUUCUGUCCCAAAACUUUAACCUUACAGUAAAGUUUUGCAAUAACUUUUGAAAUAUUGAACAUAGCAACUUGAUAUUUGGCAAUCAUGUGUAUCUCAUGGAGCUGCACAUUUUGUGUGGUAAAAGGUCAUGGUCAUCCUUCAAGGUCAAAGGUCAACAACAACAAAACGGCGCAUUAGGGGGCAUUGUAUUCUGACAAACACAUCUCUUGUUGUAUUUUGUCAAUAAAUGUGAAACUUUUUCAAACACAAUUAAUGAUGUGAUUUACUUCAUGUAUCAUAUAAGUAUUUAUUUAAUUAUUAUGUUUUUACAGUAUGUAUUAAUUUAAAACAUGUUCUUUUUGUUUGCAAUUCAUUAUCUUAGUGACUCAAUGUUUAUGAGCAUAUUGUUCAAACUAACGAAUUUGAUAUAUUUGUCAUUUCAGGAAAUUUAAUUGAAAUUUUGGUGUAUUUAUAUGUGUGCAAAUUAUUUCAGAUGUAGAAAUAUACUCAUAUGUUAAAUUACUAAAAUUCAUGGAUAAUUAUAUAUGUAUUUAACAUUUGAAUAUUUAUUCUAACUUAUUAUGCAUGCAAAAUAAUGUAUGCAAAAACCUUGUUCUCUAUUGUUUGUAUGCCUUUUAGAUCUAGUAGAAAACAAUUGUUUUUGUUUUGAUGUUGCAUAAAUAAGUGAUAUUUUACUUUUAACCUUUUAAGUGUGAUAACAUACAACUCAUUUUAUACUGUGAUAUUUAUUUUUGUUACAUAUUCAUAUACAUAUACCAGUUCAUUUGUUACUUUUAGUGUGUAUACACAAAGUUUAAUCAUGUUUACAAAAAGACGGCAAUGCUCAGAAAAUAACCAUGGAACAAAAUUAUUUUCAUAUAACAUACUAUUUUUUUGAUGUCAUUUUUAUUGAUAUUGUUGUUUUUCCAAAACGCCAAUGUUAUUGUUGUUCCUUUUGCACAAAUUUAAAGUGACCAUGUGUGUGAAUGGACUUGAUUUUGUUAUGUUUAAUCAAUAUGACAAGCGUCUAAAUGUUUCAGCAAUGAAGAUGGUAUUUAUGUUUCUUUACGCAACGUUGUCUUCUUGUACAUAUAUACACUUCUUUUUUAGCUCGACUAUUAUAUAUGAAAUAUAUAUAGUGGAGCUAUCCUACUCACCCCGGCGUCGGCGUUGGCGUUUCCGUGAGCGUGCAAAUGUUAAAGUUUGUGUACUACCCCAAAUAUUUUCAAUGUCCAUUGACAUAUUGCUUUCAUAUUUUGCAUACUUGUUUACCAACAUGACCCCAACCUAUAAACAAUAGCAGACAACUGUACCAAGCAUUUUGACAGAAUUAUUGCCCCUUUUAUACUUAGAAUAUGCAUAUUAUUGAUAAAUCUAUGUUAAAGUUUGCGUACUACCCCAAAUAUUUCCUAUGUCCUUUGACAUAUUGCUUUUAUAUUUUGCAUACUUGUUUACCAACAUGACCCCAACCUAUAAACAAGAGCAGACCACUGUAUCAAGUAUUUUGACAGAAUUAUUGCCCCUUUUAUACUUAGAAUACGCAUAUUAUUGAUAAAUCAAUGUUAAAGUUUGCGUACUACCCCAAAUAUUUCCUAUGUCCUUUGACAUAUUGCUUUUAUAUUUUGCAUACUUGUUUACCAACAUGACCCCAACCUAUAAAGAAGAGCAGACCACUGAAUUAAGCAUUUUGACAGAUUUAUUGCCCUUUUUAUACUUAGAUAAUUGAACAUUUUGCUUCAAUUGCUAUAACUUCUUUAUUUAUGAUCAGAUUUUAUUAAUACUUUUACGAAACAUCACUUAUCUAAAUACCACAAUGGAUUCCACCCAAUCAAUACCCCACGCCCUAACCCAUAAUCCCUGCCCCCCCCCCCUUACCUCCC